AUGGCGCCACCCGCCGCCCGCCUCGCCCUGCUCUCUGCCGCGCUGGCGCUGGCCGCCCGCCCCGGACCCGGCCUCGGACCCGGACCCGGACCCGGACCCGGACCCGGACCCGGACCGGCGCCAGAAUGUUUCACAGCAAACGGAGUCGACUACAGAGGCAGGCAGAACUGGACGGCACCGCACGGAGGGAAGGCCUGCCUCUUCUGGAACGAGACCUUCCAGCACCCCUACAACACACUGAAGUACCCUCAUGGAGAGGGGGGCCUGGGGGACCACAACUACUGCAGGAACCCUGACGGAGAUGUAAGUCCCUGGUGCUACGUAGCCGAGCAUGAGGAUGGCGUCUACUGGAAAUACUGUGAGAUCCCAGCUUGUCAGAUGCCUGGAAAUCUUGGCUGCUACAGAGACCACGGGAACCCCCCUCCUCUGACCGGAACCAGUAAGACAUCCAACAAGCUCACGAUUCAGAACUGCAUCAGUUUCUGUCGGAGUCAGAAAUUCAAGUUUGCUGGGAUGGAAUCUGGUUACGCUUGUUUCUGUGGCAAUAAUCCCGAUUACUGGAAGUAUGGGGAGACAGCCAGCACUGAAUGUAACAGUGUCUGCUUUGGGGACCACACCCAGCCCUGUGGUGGCGAUGGCAGGAUCAUCCUCUUUGACACGCUCGUCGGAGCCUGUGGGGGCAACUACACCGCCGCGUCCUCGGUCAUCUACUCUCCCGAUUUUCCCGACACGUACGCCGCCGGCCGGGCCUGCUACUGGACCAUCCGCGUGCCCGGGGCCUCCCGCCUCCUCUUCAGCUUCACCCUGUUUGACGUCAGGGACUCAGCAGACAUGGUCGAAAUGCUGGAUGGCUACAGCCACCGCGUCCUGGUGCGCUUCAGUGGCCGCAGUCGCCCUCCCCCGUCUUUUAACAUCUCCCUGGACUUCGUCAUCUUAUACUUCUUCUCUGACCGCAUCAAUCAGGCCCAGGGAUUUGCCGUCGUAUACCAAGCUCUCCAGGAGGAGGCGCCUCCAGCAGGGCCCGCCCUCAACCAGAACCUCACCGAGGUGAUCACUGAGCAGGCUAACCUCAGCAUCAGUGCUGCCCGAGCGUCCAAGGUCCUCUAUGUCAUCACGACCAGCCCCAGCCACCCUCCCCGGGCUGUCCCAGGGUGGACGGUGUAUGGCCUGGCGACCCUGCUCAUCCUCACCGUUACAGCCAUUCUAGCCAAGGUCCUCCUGCACGUCACCUUCAAGGCUCAGCACGCGGCUGCUCCCGGGGAGCUGAGGGACUGCCACCAGCCUGGGCCUCCGGGAGAGAUCUGGAGCAUCUUCUACAAGCCCUCCACCUCUGUCUCCAUCUUCAAGAAGAAACUGAAAGGCCAGAGCCAACAGGAUGACCGCAACCCCCUCGUGGGUGACUAAGCAGGCUGCUGGGCCUGGCCGACACCCCAUCCCUGGCUUUGUCCUUGGCGCCAGGGCCCCCGCCACGGCCAGGUCACAGGGCCUCCCUCACACUCAGCCCCACCCCACCCCCACCCCUGCCACAGACUGGAGCUGAGGCUCCAGGCCGGCGAGGUGGCCCUCUCCUUCCACCCGGCCCUUUGUCUGGCCACCAGCUCCUACCAGUCAGUAAGAGUCUGGAUGCAGGCUUGGCCCAGCCUGGAUUCAACAAAUCUAAGGUUAGCCACGUGUCUGGGUCUAGACAGCGAGACGUCGCGUUAGGCCGUGGCCGGCUCAGUGCCCCUCCCUGGCCGUGUCCUUGGUCCUCUGCGUCCCUUCUAUCUCGGCAGUCUGAGGGCCGCCACCGCGGGCCCUCCUUGGUCUGCCUCUGUACACAGUGCUGACGAUGGCUCACUUCCCCAGAGGCCUGGAGUGGAUGAUCCUGCCCCAGCCCUGGCAGCAUCAGGUGGGUCUGAUGGCCUAGGCUGCUGUCGCCAUGAGGUGGCCUGUCUGGUAGAGUGGGCUCGAGGAGCAGGCAUUCCCAGGAGCUGAUCCAAGGCCAUCUGACUCCGCCAUGAUGCCCUAAACAGGCAUUGGCAUGGCUGAGGCCCCUGAGACGCUGUAAUGACUCUGGAGGGGUCGCCCGGCCUCAGGGGCUUCCUGCUCCAAGGACAAUGUGGCCAUCUCCCCUCCCCUCCACAUCCCCCCCACCUGGAGACCAAAGCUGGGAGUCCAGAGAAGUGACCAGCACAGACGCACAGACGGGCCUCUGAGAGACAGAUGCUCAUGGCCCCUAGGCCCCGGGACUGAGCCCCAGCUGCCCUGGGCUGGGGACUGAUGGCUGUCGCUAUUUUAGAAAUUCCAAGGCCAUUUAAGAGCAGCCCCUGUGUCCACAACAGCUGAAAGCAGAGCAGCUCCCCUCCCGAAGGGCCCCCUGGGCUUUGUGUGGGUGUCUGGCCGGUGCCAUCUGUCUGAGGAGGGGCCUUUGUGCUGGGCUCUAUUCUGACUUCACACACACGGUAUUUUAAGUUCUGUGCAUACCUCCCCAAAGUCCCUGAGCCACUCCCUGGCGAGGCCUGUCCCAGCUCUGCAGAGGGCGUGGAAGAACAGCUGGGUUCCGUCUGCUGUGGGGGGCGGCGGCUGGUAACCUGAGUCGGGGGCAAGGACGAAGGAAGAGGAAGGGCUGAAGACACACAAGCCAGACCCUCACGUGUGAAGGGAGGUGGAGAAAUGUGGCCGCAGCUUUGCUUUAAGGGCCCAUUAGGAUGUGACCGAGAGGAGCCGGCGUCUCAGUCUGGCUCCGGGGGCCGUGUCCUUAGCUGGGGGUCUUUGCUAGCAGGGCCACCCCACCAGGCUAUUCUUAGUGCUCCUGGGAUCUGCUUACAAACACUCAGGACAGGUGUGUGCGGCCAAGGGGCCCCGGGCUGAGAAUAGGCCCACAUGAGGCGCCGGGCCCUGAAGUCCAGCCAAGGUCUCCUCCCAGCACAGGAGCGGCUGUCAGGCUGGCCUUUAGGAAAGUCUUCCACACCCCACCUACUCCACACAGGCAUGCAGGAGAUGAGGCCAAAAGCCCAGAGUGGCCACCUAGGACCCACGCUGGCCAGCCCUCUCUGUCUGCCACCGGGGUUCUGGAAUGAGCCGGUCAAUGCCAGAUUCCCCUGGGUACUUCCCCUAGAGAGCCCCCAAGAAAACAAAUACCCGGCUGGGGAGGGAGCGGGGCGGGCGGGUACCAGACACCAAGAAAACAUCUGAGAGAGGAGGAGAAGCCCAGGCCCAAAGGCUCAUCCUUUUCCAGAGCAAGCCGGGGUGACCAUGCAGUCAAACAAGAGACUUAAAACUCAAGGCACGGGAGAGGAGCUUCUGAGGGCCUUCUCAGGGAGGAAGGGGUGGGUGCGCUCUUCUGGAAGAUGAGGCGCUCGCUGCCCCAGGCCACCAGCCUCCCAGCAGGUCCAGCACCUGGGGGGGCCGCUUCCUCGGAGAGCCCUUUCCCUGUCUGGGGGGAGGGCACAGUUCCCUGUACGUUUGGGUAGAUGGUUCAGGACCUCCCUGGGAAGUUCUCCUGUGAUAAGUAAGGGGGACGGACAGACAGCCUGACUGUGGUUAAUCCUGAGUGGGUCGGAGCCCCUGAGGCAGAGGGGCCCUGCUGGGUUUCCUAGGGCUCCUGCCAGGCAGUGGGGGCCGAACCUCGAGGCCCUGCCACCCUCUUCCCCUCCCCAGGCCUCAGUCUCCUCAUCUGUGAGCACGAUCUCUCAAGGCCUUUCCAGCUCUAAAGCUCGGUCCAUCUGCCCUUCAGGGGCCUCAGUUUCCAUGGGGUUGUGUUGUGGUGAGCCAGGGUCUGCGGGUGUAGACUCUGGGAUGUUUGCACUUAGUCAUGAAAAGCACUUAUGGGGACGGGGUCCGAGGGCCGCUCUCCCUGUCCGUGCCAACCCCUCAGUGAGUCUGGACGGCACGUGCACGCACAUUCAUCACUGGCAUCCACUGUUGGAUUCAGGUUGGGUCAUAUCCUCUGGUGCAUCUGCUUUCCUCAUUCCCUUGGGCAUGUGAUGGCACUGCUUCCUUGUGGUUAGACCCCUUGGCAGAUCUCGGCUGGGGCCUCUCUGGCCUGGCGUCUAAUACCCCACUCACCUUCCUUCCCUUCAUCCCUCCCCUCUCCCAUCAGAGCGCAGGCCCCUCAAGUGACCCCCUCUCAGGCCAUCCACCCGCCCGGCAGAAUGGCCUCCCCCACCGAGAGCCGGGAGAGAGAAGCAUUGGACCUUGGCGUCCACGGGAGGAGCCUGUUUGAAGGCUGAAAUGGGGGCCCCUCUCCCUGCCUCCAGAGAGAAGCCGCCUGUGGCAUUCACGCACUCUGGCGGAGAACGUUCUGCGUCUCUCCUCUGUCUGGAUUUUUAUCUUUGGAAGACAAAGCUUGAUUUGUAAAUACGCUCUUAAUGUGCAACUUUGGGAAUAAAAUAGAAACAUCAUGGAUUUUAAGAUAGAAGAUGAAGUGUGACACACUGUAUACAAUUUAAUAUAUAUUUUUAGGAAUUUUGUUAUUUAAGAAAAUGGAAUGUUCCAGUACUUAACUUUACGGAAAAGAGAGAAAGAAAUGUUAUUUUACUGUCUGGAGAAAAUAAAUUUUCUCACUGUUGUAAA